AUGCAGUGGUCGGACGCCGGAGAAGUUCUGGGGGACGGGGGGACCGUCAACCAGGACCAUCAAGAGAGAGGGGUCACCUGCCAGAGGGCCUCCAGCAUGAGGCGGCGGGGGCGGAGGGGCAAGGCGGCGGGGGCGGAGGGGCAAGGCGGCGGGGGCGGAGGGGCAAGGCGGCGGGGGCGGAGGGGCAAGGCGGCGGGGGCGGAGGGGCAAGGCGGCGGGGGCGGAGGGGCAAGGCGGCGGGGGCGGAGGGGCAAGGCGGCGGGGGCGGAGGGGGGCAAGGCGGCGGGGGCGGAGGGGCAAGGCGGCGGGGGCGGAGGGGCAAGGCGGCGGGGGCGGAGGGGCAAGGCGGCGGGGGCGGAGGGGCAAGGCGGCGGGGGCGGAGGGGCAAGGCGGCGGGGGCGGAGGGGCAAGGGGGCGGAGGGGCAAGGCGGCGGGGGCAAGGCGGCGGGGGCGGAGGGGCAAGGCGGCGGGGGCGGAGGGGCAAGGCGGCGGGGGCGGAGGGGCAAGGCGGCGGGGGCGGAGGGGCAAGGCGGCGGGGGCGGAGGGGCAAGGCGGCGGGGGCGGAGGGGCAAGGCGGCGGGGGCGGAGGGGCAAGGCGGCGGGGGCGGAGGGGCAAGGCGGCGGGGGCGGAGGGGCAAGGCGGCGGGGGCGGAGGGGCAAGGCGGCGGGGGCGGAGGGGCAAGGCGGCGGGGGCGGAGGGGCAAGGCGGCGGGGGCGGAGGGGCAAGGCGGCGGGGGCGGAGGGGCAAGGCGGAGGGGCAAGGCGGCGGGGGCGGAGGGGCAAGGCGGCGGGGGCGGAGGGGCAAGGCGGCGGGGGCGGAGGGGCAAGGCGGCGGGGGCGGAGGGGCAAGGCGGCGGGGGCGGAGGGGCAAGGCGGCGGGGGCGGAGGGAUCAAGGCGGCGGGGGCGGAGGGGCCAAGGCGGCGGGGGCGGAGGGGCCAAGGCGGCGGGGGCGGAGGGGCAAGGCGGCGGGGGCCGAGGGGCAAGGCGGAGGGGCAAGGCGGCGGGGGUGGAGGGGCAAGGAGGCGGUGGUGGAGGGGCAAGGCGGCGGAGGGGCAGGCGAUGCGCGCGCAGGUCGGUACGUGUAG